GGGAUGCCAUGCAUCCAUCAAUCGCGACCCCUGUCUUCAAUUUACGCGUCUUUCGAACGCGUCUUGCUGGUAAAGUACUUGGAGUAUCACGAGUACUCAAACUGCUUGCCUGCAGGGUGUGCAUACUUGGUUCAGAGACAAUAAGUGCCUUGGAUACGUGCGGCAUUCAGAGUCGACAGGAUGCAGACAAAUAGACCCCAGGCAGCAUCGAUAUUUGCGGCCAAAACUCCCCAGGUCUCGAACCCGAUCCCUUCCUCGUCGCCCGCCUUUGGCACUCCCGCCCAUACACUCAAGCCUUUCUCCGUUGCACCCACCAAGGCCACCAUUCUCCCCAUUCUCCUUCCACCUGCCACGCUACGACCUUUGGCUUUCAGGACUUUCACAAAGAAACACAGCCUGACCCUCACAUCUCCAGCGCUUCAAGAACUCGCGACCUUUAUCGGGAGACACUGUGGUUCAGGAUGGCGCGAAGAAGGCCUGGCAGAGAAAGUGUUAGAAGAUGUCGCGAGGGGGUGGAAGAACCGCAAUGGAGGCGUCAUCGUUAAUGGAGACAGCACCGAGCUGAAGGAUAUCCUUAAGGCGCUUGAGGGGAACAUGAGUGGCGGAAGGAUUGUCACUGGCCGGGAACUGAGUCGGCAGAACAGUCUGGCAAUGGAGUCUUUGCAAGAGGCAGACAUGACGACUACUCGACUAGGACUACGACCAGCCAUGUUAACAAGGGAUGACAGCCAAACAAGUUUCGGCAUGUCGAGUCUAGGUGUGGACGAGGACGAUGCGGCCGACGAAGACGGGUUGAACGAUCCUCGGAAGUGGCUGAAAGUUGUUAAUGCCUACGACCAACCGCGUAUGCUAUACAAUGUGGAAAAGAAACACUUCGAGAGAGACCCGUCCAAACCUUCGUUGAUGCCUUCGGCCUCUCACAAAACGACGCUUUUCCAAAACAGAUACAAGGUUAUCCACCAGAGACUACUCCGGAAUGAGUCUUUCCAAAGCUCAGCCGUCAACCAAGCCAAAGGGCCUCCCUCCCUACGCCACUCCACCUCGUCCGCCCUCACCGCUCAACAGACACACAAAAUCACUCCAAUAUCCAAUCUGCUGGGCCGACAUGGCAGUCAUCACAUGUUACUUGGGCUUCUCUCCAUCUCGCCAACCGGCACCUUGACCAUCAGCGAUCUCACAGGAACAAUAUCUUUGGAUAUAUCCCACGCAGCAUGUAUACCUGAAAACUCGGCCUGGUUCACGCCUGGCAUGAUCGUACUGGUCGACGGAGUCUACGAAGAAGAGGAAGAAUCCCACGGCAAAGGUCUUGGAGCAAGUAACGGCAUUGGAGGCAUUAUUGGGGGCCGGUUCCAGGCCUUUUUCAUUGGCCAGCCGCCCUGUGAGAAACGAAAAGCAACCCUUGGCGUUAGCGGACCAGACGGCAGCAGUCAGGAUCAUACUAUAGGAGGCGGCUUUGGUUGGAUCGACUUCCUGGGCGUGGGCAGCGAGCGAGCCGUCGGCUCCAAAAUGCGGAAACUGGAGCAUCGGAUCCUUCGCCCGGCAACACAGGAGCCCGAUACUCCCAGCAGGGGCAGAGCCAUCAUCCUCGGAGAAUUGAAUCUCGACCAGCCCCGUGCUCUGCAAGCGCUCCACAAGAUAUUAACCACGUACUUGGCCGAGCCCGAAGGCUCGUCGCCAAUGAUGUUUAUCCUCGUGGGCAACUUCACCCAACACGCCGUCAUGGCCGGCGGCGGUGCAAGCGGCGGCAGUGUUGAAUACAAGGAGUACUUCGACUCCCUGGCAUCAGUACUCUCAGACUUCCCCGCUCUACUGCAAUCCUCAACCUUCAUCUUCGUGCCCGGAGACAACGACGGCUGGGCGUCCUCCUUUUCAGCAGGCGCUGCGGUACCGCUGCCACGGAAACCGGUCCCGGACAUGUUCACCUCGCGCGUCCGGAGGGCAUUCGCCACUGCCAAUGCCGAGCCGGGCGUCAAAAACGGUGGCGAAGCAAUAUGGACUUCCAACCCGUCCCGCCUAUCCAUAUUCGGCCCUGCAAACGAGAUUGUGCUGUUCAGGGACGACAUGUCGGCCAGACUGCGGCGCACAGCCGUGCGUCUGAAGUCACCCAAACCCGACUCGUCAGAUCAAGAAAACGAGGCACCGGCCAACCCGGACGAUGUCGACAUGACUGGCGUCUCGAAUGACCAAGAUGCCAUGGAUGUCGACGCCGCAGCCAGCAAAACCGCGGCCACAGACCCCGAGAUUCCGCACGAUGUGCAGACGGCACGGAAACUGGUUAAAACACUGCUGGAUCAGGGAUACCUGUCGCCGUUCCGACAGGCGAUCCGGCCCGUUCAUUGGGACUAUGCUUCGGCGCUGCAUCUGUACCCCUUACCCACCUCGAUGGUGCUCGUGGACUCGACGGCGCCACCGUUCUGCGUCACGUACGAGGGCUGCCAUGUAAUGAAUCCAGGCACGGUACUCGUCGCUGGGCGGCGAGGCGUGGGCAGGUGGAUAGAGUACGAAUUAGGAGGUGUGGGUAAAGUCAAGGAGUGUCUGUUCUGAGAGGGAGAGCAGGUGUAUUCUAAACGAAUGGAUGACAAUUUCUGCAUGGGCACGAAGCGAUUCCUAACGAAGGUCAUGAUACUGGUACUAUGAAUAUGACAUUGUCGAUGAGUUUGACAAAAAAGACUGUGCAACUGUACCUGGAUAUCCAUUUCAUCAGACAGGCAUAGAAAGUCAAUAGAAUCUCCUCAGGAAGGCAAAUACCAACGACAAUUUGAGUUU